CUGCCUGACCCGCUUGAUCCGAGCCUUUGCGCCUGAUCGCCAUCAAGCCCAGAAUGCAUGUCGAGACUGUCCCCAGGAGCAGCGACAGCACCGACGACCGGGCCCGCAUCGCAAACCCACCCCGCUCACCAACGCCCUCGGCCAUAUGCUGUUCCAGGUCGCUCGCGAUCUCACCCAGCCUGAAUCUGGAGCCAGGGCCGCUGGACGAUGAGAUCGCGAUAGCGCAUCAUCCUUCUAGACAUGCAUCUCAGCCAGGCGGCGCAAGUGCACCUGUCUCCCUACAUGAAUCUCUGCGUCCAGCUGUUCUGGUCCCGGCCUCCUCGAUAACUUUGGACUCGGAUUACGAAGUUAUUGAUUCCGACUCGGAGCACACGGCUGCAUCGGAUUCGCUGGUGAGCCUCGACCUGUCUUUGCCCGAAAUCGGCUUGUCGGCAGACCAGCCAUUGAUCUCGGAGCCGUCUUCCCAAGCCACACGAUCGUCGGUGCCCAAGAUGUCGCGGUCCAGAAAGCCUGGCAAGAUCGAGCGACCUGCAAGCACACGGCAACCCAAAGCAUCGCCAGAGCGAAACACGCCAUACCCCGGCCGCCACAGCGAUCCCCCCAAGACGCUGUCCUGGAUCACCCACUUUGAUGAAUUUGGCGAUAGCGACGACGAGCUCUGCGACGAAGGACAUAUCCUCAAAGAUCAAGGCGUGCUGGCUCUGCAGAAGGGCAACAAAACUGCCCAUGUUCCUGCUCUUGUUACAGAAUAUCACCCGGCCACCAAGAGGUAUUCGUUGCUCUUUCCCUCUGGCCAUUCUCAAACUGUGUCUCGCGGCGAUUUUUAUACACGAAAGCAACCUGAAUUCUUCACGGUUCGGAUUGAAGAUAGCGAACGAUUCGAUCCAUCGAGUCCGAAUCCCGACUACCGAGAUCCCCAGCUCGAGGCAGAUCUCGAACUGGUUUCCUCGUCCGUCCAAAGUAUUUUCGAAUCGCCCGAGGGCCGUGCGCACUCGAGAGCGUACGACGAAUUCGCCGUCGCCUUUCAGGAUCCACACAGAACCUACCCGACCCAGCUCGUCUCGGGCCCGUUUGAUGUCCAUCAAAUCGGUCUUAUCACAGCCUUCAUCAAGGCCCGUCUAUUCUCACACGUUCCCGAGUUCACAGAGCCCAAGGCAAAAAGCAAAGACAACUCAGCAAAGUCAAUCGGCAUGUCGCCCUCAGUUGCUUAUGGUGCUCGAGUUACGCGCAGCGGCAAGCGAAUCGGCGGUGCGGUCAGCUCGGCCGGGGCCAUUGCCAAGAAGCGAAGAACAAAUAUCCAGCAUACCAACGAAUCCGGUAAUCAACUUCUCCACCUCGAUGACUCUGCAUAUCUCGAAUCAUUACCAAAGAGCAAUGUGCCGAGGAGGGAGUAUAUCACCGAAUGUGAUCCGUCCAAAGCAGCUCCUCUUUCAAACGCCGUGCUUGUCCCAAAUGGCUCGCCAGUGGCAUCGCCUGGCUGUCCUGACUCGUACGGGCACCAAGAGACCCGCGUUUCACCGCCAUCAAGUACAGAGGAGAGAGGCCCUUCGUUGCUUGCAUCCGACUGUGCCCACCCUAGAGUUGGCGAGACCAAGGCCGAGCCUCUUGAGCCUUCCCAGCUUGACCCGCCAUCGCAGAAUGUAUCACAGCUGCUAUCUCAUCCGCCUGGACUGUCCUCGCUCUCAAUUGCCGACGUCCAGCAGCCGAAGCGGACGCGAACUCGCAAAAAGCCUCAGGAUCCGUUUAACUACAAAGCUCAUCUGACCUCCAUCGUCGAUAUCGAGCUUUUUAUCCGCUUUGUGGUUCAGCCAGAGUUUGUCUAUGCCCUAAUUCAACAGAGGGAAAGUGUCGAUCGCGAAGAAGCAAUUGCACGCGCGGCUGGGGAUUUCUACAAGCCCAAGUGGUUUAUUCAGGUCCUUCGACAGAGGAACCUGUUCAAGCCCACGGUGUAAGAGCUUUCGCCAAGCAGCGUCUCGUCGCCAACUCUCUGUCGGAGCGAAUCAUGAUAUCCAAGAUGCCGACCGGUUGAUGCGACCGACCCCGCUGCCGUGCGCCGAGUUCCUAUUCCACGCGGCAUCGCUCUUGUUUGCCUCUGCGGCCCUCGCGCUCCGAUGCUUCACCCUAUUUAAGCUCUGACCACUCUAUUCAUGAUGCUCGUCAACGCACCGGAUUGG